AUGGUCAACAAGUUAAGACCAAAGAAGGUGAAGGCACCUUAUCGUAAAUAUGUUGCAGGACAAGGAUUUAUACAUACAAGAGGAUUCACAUCACAAGAAUAUGACUUACAACAAGGUGAGGAGUUAUCAGAUGGUGAUGAUUCAUUAGAAGUACAUGGACCCCUCUUACUCCCGUGGGAAAUACAGGGAUUAAUUUUACAGAAAGUUGAUAGGAUUACGAUGCAACACCUUUUAGUAUGCCGUGCGUGGUACCUUAUGUGCAUCCCACUUCUGUACAAGAGUCCUCAACUCAGUAGUAAAAAUUAUGCAUCAUUUGUUUCCUCCAUUGUGGAUAACAAGAAGAAAAGAUUGGGUGGAAACGUUAAGGACUUAGAUCUAUCAACAAUUCUGCAAAGCGGUAAAAAUUCAUCGGUUUCAAAAGUUUUAAGAAUAUGUUCAGCAAGCUUGGAACAGUUUACAGCGCCCCAAACGAGUUUUGGAUACGCACCUUUAAUAUCUUUAAAAGCAUGUCAUAAUUUGAAAUACCUGGACUUGGGGUUGGUUUCAGAGACUGUUAAAUUGAAAGAGCUUUUUCAUGCUAUUCAAAAUUUUACACAGUUGACACACUUAGCGUUCCCACGUAGUUCUGUGGAUUGCGAGGGAUAUCAUGAGUUCCAAUGGCCCCCAAAUUUGCAAUAUUUGAAAUUAAGUGGUGGUAUAACAAAUGAAUUCUUGGGAGGAACACAUUGGCCCAAAAGUAUAACGACCCUAGGAUUCUCAUCUUGCCCCCGCUUGGAUGAGCAAGGACUCUAUCGUGUUUUGUCUCAAAUUGGUGAUAAUCUAAAGCAUUUAUUUUUCCAUUACCCUUUGCCACAGCUUCAUGAUAAUUCUCUAGACUAUGUGUUCAGGUAUUGCUCAAAUCUAAUCUCACUACAACUUAUGGUAGAUUACUGUUCCAAAUGGGCGUUUUCAGAGCACAUGUUACCAUCACUGGUGUAUCCGAGACCUUUGAAAACCCUCUAUUUGGAAAGCAGUGGGUCCCUAGGAAUAGCAUUCAAGAUUCAUCCUGAUGAUUUUACAAUCGCCAUUAUGGAAUCAAGACUACCUUGUCUUAAGAACAUUAGCAUAUCUUCCAAACUAAACUGGGAUGUUAAGAGCGACGAUGUCACAGACUUAGUAUCUGUUUUUGAAGAUCAGGGGGGCGGUCUCUACUUGAGUUAUUGA